AUGCCAAAAAAGCGAGGUAAAGUGGCAGAUAGUCUUCCUCCUAUAGAUGACCCGCUUAUAGACCAAGCAGCGCGAAUAAUAAAGGACCAGAGCCAGUCCUUGAAGUCUGACCUGGAAGCGGCAAUAGACAAGAAGCUCAAGCAGAAGAUAAAAUCGCAGCAAGCGGAAAUCCAAAAUUUGAGACACUGCAUAGACCAACUUAAAGCAGACAAUCAAGGACUCUACAAAAAUGCUGACUCGAAGCUAAUGCAACUUGAUGAUGCCGUCAAAAAGAUAACACAGAUGGCGGACGAGCUGAAUUAUAUCAAGACGCAAAGUGUCAAACUCAAGGAAGACUGUAAUUUCAUCAAACAAAAAUUUGAAGAAACGUCUUUAACGAUUUCCAAUUCACUUGAAAAUUUGGGAGAUUUGGUGAAUCAGAAAGCGUCAGAAGGAGAUGAAGUUGCAGAAGCCGUUGAGAGUCUGAAAGCGGACAUCGAAGCCCAUCAGCAAAAUAUUGAGACCAAAUUGGACACAAACCAGCAAGAAAUAGAUGACCAGAUCAACGAGAUUCGUAAAGAGAUAGUCAAUGCAAUCAACAAAGCUGGGAAAGAAGCUCAAAAGCACGGAUCUUGCUGCGUUAUUGUGUAA